AUGGUGCCCAUUGUUACUGGUUUUGUGGAGUGCAGCGUGGAGAGAAGCACCUUCCAUCUGCUGGUGGAUGGAUUCCGUGUGACCGACGGCCUUUUGCCCGAAGACGAGGGCUCGUCUCUGGACUUCCAGGGCCUCAUCUACCUGGGGGGUCACCCUGGGAACACAGACAUCGUUAAAGCUUCUAACAUCCCCACCGCCAGCAUUGUGGGUUGCAUACGUGACCUUCAAAUGAAUGCUCAACCAGUGGGGGAACCUGAGGCGGGCAACAUGGUGUCACACUGCUUGGAGGAGCUCACCCAGAAGGGGGUCUACUUUGGUGGAGGCCACCUAGUUUUAGAUGAUUACUUCACCGUGGGCUCUCACUUUGUGCUGACGUUCGAGUUCCGCCCUCAACGCCCCAGGGGCCUGGUCUUUUAUUUUGAAAGCUACGGGAGCAGUUUUAGUGUUUUUUUCACUAAAAACACGGUGGGCGUCUCCGUCAAUGAUGGAAGCGGCGAUGUCAGCGUCUCCGUGACUACGCCCAACCUCUGUAACGGAGAGUUCCACGCCAUUAAAGUUUCCAAACACGGGCGAGUUAUCAGGCUGAAGGUGGACUCCCUGUCGAAAAAGAAGGCGGGAGCGGACGUGCCCGCCACCCACUCAUCGAUACUGCGAGCCCUUUAUGUCGGAGGGGCCGAAAAGGUCAAUGGCGCCGCCGUGACGUCGACGUUUGUGGGCUGCUUGCGAAACGUGUCGCUUAACAACCAACGUGUUGCGUUUGAGACCACGGCGAGGGUGGUCGGUCAUGUUGCUGUCAACGGGUGCCCGGCGUCCUGAGGAAGACGCGUCAUCAAGCGUGCAAAAUUACGACGGGCGGAUACAAGUAUUCAAUUUUUUCACAUUUUAUAUUACAGCCUUAUUCCAAAAUGGAAUAACUAAUUUUUUCUUCUUAAAAUUCUACAGACAAUUCCCUAUAACAGGGGUCGGGAACCUUUUUGUCUGAGAGAGCCAAGAAGCCAAAUAUUUUAAAAUGUAUUUCCCUCAGAGCCAUAUAAUAUUUUUUUCAAGACUGAACACAACUAAACGUGUGCUUUUUAAGUAAGACCAACAUUUCCAGAGUAUAAUAGGUCUCUUAUUCUUUGUAUUAACAUUGUGGUCUGGGGCCUGCAGCAAAGCAGGAUGUUGCCAGGACCGGCCUGGAAAUCAGCGAUAGGUGUGUAGAUGGCCCACCUGGGCCUUUUUAUCUAAUCACCUGUCGCUCUGUUAUAAGGAGCAGCCAGGAGGAGAGACAGGGUUGGGGCUGGGGCUGGAGCCAGAGCGCGAGUGAGGACGAAAGAGAAAAAGACAAUUGCUCGAAAGCAACUGAGAGACUUAAUUGAAAAAAACCCCCAAUAUUUUAACCCUAAAACAGGCUCUCAUGUCAGUGCUUGGUGGUCUGAAGAACCCCCAAGAUGGCAAGCCCAACACUAACCAAUAAUAAAUAAAUUACUUCUUACCAUUAACGCAACUUCUUGAACAUAAAAAUGCAUGAGAAUGUUUUAUAUUUUGAAUGUUAUUUUUAACACUAUGAUUACAAGUGGAAUUAUUCAUUACUCAUCGUGUUAAACAACGUCAGGUCAGAUUUAUCCGAGAGCCAGAUGCAGUCAUCAAAAGGGCCACAUCUGGCUCGAGAGCCAUAGGUUCCCUACCCAUGCCCUAUAAUGACAAUUUUAAAUAUAUAUAUAUUUUUUAAUUCGGCCACUGUAUUCAAAAUACAAACACAAAUGUAGUCACUGUGUCAGAGCUACAGUAUUCCUCUGCGGAGAGAGGAGAACCUUCUAAAAGGACAACAAUCUCUGGCCAGACGGAAGCCAUUUCUUAGUAAAAAAUGCACCUGAAAGACUCUGACCAUCAUCGCCAGGCCAAUACCAUCCCUGCAGUGAAGCAUGGCGGUGGCAGCAUCAUGCUGUGGGGGUGCUUGUCAGGAUCAGUUCAGUUCAGUUUAUAUCGAACAUGCAUACACGGUACAAUGGAACGCGUCACAUAUUUCCAGUUGUUUCAUUACAGCGCGUCUGAAAAGGAGUUGGAAGAAGCUGAGCUCAUUUAAUCCUACCCCUUUUCAAACAGGAGCAACCUUAUCCCAUUUCCUUGUUCUCUGUAACAGAACAGUGGAUAAAUUAUAAAUAAAUAACAUACCAUAGGAAGUAAACAAACAUUGAAUCUUUAUCUCCAAAAAAAAAAAAAAAGAUAGAAGGAAAGAUGAAUGCAGCAUUGAUCAGAGACAUCCUGGAUGAAUACCAACGCUUACAAUGGAGCUUGAGAGGUGCUGCAAAGAUAGUUCUGCCAAGCUUGUGGCAUCGUAUUCAAAAAUCCUUUAGGCUGUAAUUGCUGCCAAUAGGUGCAUCAACAAACUGAGUAAAGGUAUAUGUGAUUUUUUUUUUUUUCAAUUUUUUUUUUUGCAAAAAAAACUCCCCCCCCAAAAACAUUUUGUGUAAAAUUUUGAGGACAAAAAUGUAUGUAUUCUAUUUUGGAAUAAGGCUGUAAAAUAUGUGGAAAAAGUGAUUUCUAAUCCACUGUAGUUCCAAGAGAUAAAUGUUGCAUGAUCACUUUUUCUCAUUAAAAUGAGAUCAUGUUGCAACCAGGCAUUAAAAAAACAAACAAACAAAAAACUGCUGGCGAGUUAAAAUUUAAGACUUUUUUUUCAAUAAAAACAUUACAAUAACGUUCUCUUUAAUCAAUAAUAUAGAUGCAGCAUCUGUUUUAAUGCAAAUAAAUACAUAAUAUACCGUAGUAAGUAAACAAAUAUUAUAAAUAAAACAAUGAAUAAUUAAUAAUAAAUACAUGAAUAAAAAUCUGUAUAUAAAAAAAAGGGAUAGAGGGAAAGAUGAAUGCAAUAAUGUGCAGAGACAUCCUGGAUGAAAACCAACACUUGCCAUCCUACCUGAUGGAGCUUGAGAGGUGCUGCAAAGAGGAAUGGGCAAAACUGCCCAAAAGCUUGUGGCAUCAUAGUCAAAAACAUUUCAGGCUUUAAUUGCUGCCAGAAGGUGCAUCAGCAAAGUAUUGAGUAAAGGUACAUGUGAUUUUUAAAAACGUUUAAAAAAAAACAUUUCACAUAUCCAUUAUGGGGUAUUUUGUGUAGAAUUUUGAGGACAGUAAUGAAUAUAUUCUAUUUUGGAAUAAGGCUAUAAAAUAAUAUGUGGAAAAAGUGAUCCGUAAUGCACUGUAGUUAAAUGUUGCAUGAUCACUUUUUGUUAUUAAAAUGAGAUAAAGAUGCAACCAGGAAUUAAAAAAACAAACAAACAAACAAAAAAAA